GCCGCCAGUGCUGAGUCGUCUCUGGGAAACGGUCCCCCGCGCUGGCGCCGUUCGGUUUCUCCUUUUGCUUUCACUGAUGAUGAAUUCCUGCGUGAUUCGGUGCCCACCCCGCGGAGACCACAGACAUACUUUCAACUAGCGACUGGUCACGCUCGCAAUUAUGGAUAUUUAAAAAGAUCAAGCAGUGUGGAGGGGGAGUUCCCCUCCUCACUCCUCCUUGGUGCUUUACUCCAGGAGUAAUUUAUAAACUGGAAAUUUUUUUUUUGUUCCUAAAGAACUUGUAUUUGAUAUAAACUUUAUAGUGCUAUUUAUAAUUUUUUGAUUUAAGUGCCAAAAUAAAUUGUGCAAAGAUAUAUAGAUUUAUACUAUAACGGGGAGGAUUUAAUUUAUGGUCCUAAACAGGCCAUUUCGUCUCUGUAAAUCUUCCUGAACAGCACCUUUUGUGUCUUGACUUUUUCACUUUUUAAAAUUAAGUCUAACAAUUCUGAAGAAGUAAGCAGUAGAAAAACAAUUAGGAUGAAUUCUUCCACACCUGACUGCACAUCAAAGUGUAGAUCACUGAAGCAUGCUUCCGACAUACUUUCUGUGGUAACAAAGGGAAGUGAAAAUCAGAUCAAGGCCUUUAUCUCCAGCCACUGUUACAAUGCUGCAACUAUCAAGGAUGCCUUUGGCAGAAAUGCCCUCCACCUCAUUUGCUCUUGCGGGAAGAAAGGAGCAUUAGAUUGGCUGAUUGAGAAAGGAGUGGAUCCACUGGUCAAAGACAAGGAAUCCGGAUGGACAGCUUUGCACAGAAGCAUUUUCUAUGGACACAUUGAUUGUGUUUGGUCUUUAUUGAAGCAUGGUGUUAGUCUGUCUAUUCAAGAUAGAGAAGGCUUGUCAGCUUUGGAUCUUGUCAUGAAGGAUAGACCGACUCAUGUAGUAUUCAAAACUACUGAUCCUACAGAAGCCUACACUUGGGGCGAUAAUACAAAUUUCACUCUGGGUCAUGGAAGCCAGAAUAGCAAACAUCAUCCAGAGCUGGUGGAUCUGUUCUCCAGGAGUGGAAUUUAUAUUAAACAGAUUGUGCUUUGUAAAUUCCAUUCAGUGUUUCUGUCUCAGAAAGGAGAGGUUUAUACCUGUGGUCAUGGUCCUGGAGGUCGUUUAGGACAUGGAGAUGAACAGACAUGUUUGGUCCCUAGACUUGUAGAAGGAUUGACUGGUCACAACUGUUCCCAGGUAGCAGCUGCUAAGGACCAUACUGUCGUAUUAACUGAAGACGGAUGUGUAUAUACUUUUGGUUUGAAUACUUUUCAUCAAUUAGGAAUUAUUCCUCCACCUUCUAGUUGUAAUGUACCCAGACAGAUGCAGGCAAAAUGUCUGAAGGGAAGGACAGUCAUUGGAGUGGCAGCAGGUCGAUUUCAUACAGUGCUGUGGACCAGAGAAGCUGUUUAUACCAUGGGGCUGAAUGGUGGACAACUGGGUUACUUACUAGAUCCCAAUGGAGAAAAGUGUGUAACUUCUCCUCGUCAGGUCUCUGCCCUUCAUCAUCAGGAUAUCGGCCUGUCUUUGGUUGCUGCAAGUGAUGGGGCCACAGUCUGUGUUACCACCAGGGGAGAUGUCUACUUACUUGCAGACUAUCAGUGCAAGAAGGUGGCUUCUAAACAACUGAACUUAAAAAAGGUUCUUGUAUCUGGGGGGCAUAUGGAAUAUAAAGUUGAUCCUGAACAUUUAAAAGAAAAUGGAGGUCAGAAAAUUUGCAUUCUCGCAAUGGAUGGAGCUGGAAGGGUAUUUUGUUGGAGAUCAGUCAGCAGUUCUCUAAAACAGUGUCGAUGGGCCUAUCCACGUCAAGUCUUCAUUUCUGACAUUGCUUUAAAUAGAAAUGAAGUUCUAUUUGUUACAAGGGAUGGCGAAGGAUUUAGAGGAAAAUGGUUUGAAGAAAAAAGAAAGAGCUCUGAAAAGAAGGCAGAGAUCUUGUCAAACCUACAUAAUUCCUCUUCGGAUGCAUCUUGCGUGUUUGAUAUAAAUAGUGUAUAUGAAAGAAUCCGACUUGAGAAACUUACUUUUGCCCAUAGAGCUGUUAGUGUCAGCACAGAUCCAAGUGGAUGCAACUUUGCAAUUCUGCAGUCAGAUCCAAAAACAAGCCUUUAUGAAAUCCCAACUGUAUCUUCGUCGUCCUUUUAUGAAGAGUUUGGCAAAUUGUUGCGGGAAACAGAUGAAAUGGACAACAUCCAUGAUGUGACAUUUCAAGUUGGCAAUAGACUAUUCCCUGCACAUAAAUAUAUUUUGGCAGUGCGUUCUGACUUUUUUCAGAAAUUGUUUCUGUCAAACAGUACUGUGGACUUUACAGACGUCUAUCGGAAAGAUGAAGAUUCUGUUGGAUGCCAGCUUUUUGUGGUAGAGAAGGUUCAUCCUGAUAUGUUUGAGUACCUUUUACAAUUUAUAUACACAGAUACUUGUGACUUUUUAACUCAUGGCUUCAAACCAAGAUUAAACUUUAACAGAAUACCAGAAGAGUCUCAGGGCACCUCAAAUUCUUACUUGAAUAAAAUGAAUUUCCAUGAAGUUAAUCAGAAGUCAGCAUUUGAAGUUUACAAAAGCAAUCAAGAGCAUACAGUUAGUGAAAGGCAGAAGAGCAAACCUAAAUCUUCUAAAAAAGGAAAAAAUGUUGGGGAAGAUGAUCCUGUCAGAAUGUUGCAAAAUGUUGCAAAGAAAUUUGGGUUCAGUAAUUUAAGUAGUAGAUUAGAUGGAGUAAAAUUUGAAAAUGAAAAAAUUAAUGUUAUUGUCAAGAAAACUGGUAAUAAACUAAAGCUAAAUCAGAAAAAAUGUUCAUUUCUAUGUGAUGUGACCAUGAAAUCAGCAGAUGGAAAGGAAUUUCCGUGUCAUAAAUGUGUUCUUUGUGCUAGACUUGAAUACUUUCGUAGUAUGCUGAGUAGCUCAUGGAUUGAGGCUUCCAGUUGUGCACCUCUAGAAAUGCCAAUACAGUCUGACACAUUGAAAGUUAUUUUGGACUACCUCUAUACCGAUGAAGCUGUGGUGAUAAAAGAAUCUCAAAAUGUGGAUUUUGUGUGUAGUGUUCUUGUGGUGGCUGAUCAGCUUCUUAUAACUCGAUUAAAAGAGAUUUGUGAAGUGGCACUAACUGAAAAACUUACCCUUAAGAAUGCUGCUAUGAUACUGGAAUUCGCAGCAAUGUAUAAUGCUGAACAGUUAAAACUGUCUUGUUUACAGUUCAUAGGACUGAAUAUGGCAGCUUUACUCGAAGCAAGGUCUCUUGAUGUUUUAAGUGAUGGUGUUUUAAAGGAUCUUUCUGUUUUUUACCGAAAAAUGAUUCCUGCAAUGGAUAGACGAGUCAUUACACCAUACCAAGAUGGACCAGAUAUUAGCUAUAUUGAAAUAGAUGAUGGAGAUAUUUUUUUGAAAGAAGAGAGAAAUACAGAACAGAAUAAUUUGGAAAAUAUGUUCAAGAAGGCAAAAACAAAAGCAAAAAAGAAGCCUCGUAAGCGUUCAGAUAGUUCUGGAGGAUAUAACCUUUCGGAUAUUAUUCAGAGUCCACCAUCUACAGGAUUAUUAAAGACAGAUAAAACCAAUUCUGUGGAAUCUCUUCUGGAACUAUUAACAUCAGAUUCUGAAGGAAGCUAUGCAGGAGUGGGUAGUCCUCGAGACUUACAGUCCCCUGACUUCACAACAGCAUUUCAGUUGAAUAAGACUGAGAGUAAAGUUAAGCCACAUGUUAAUGGUGCACCGCCUACAUAUCCUAGGGAAGAGUUAAAACCAUGGGAAAAAUCACCAAAACUUAAAAUAUCUGCUCCACAACCCAUUACCAGUAAUAGAUUGGACAGUACAAGCUCUUCCAAUUGGUUUGCUAACUCUUUCAGUCCUGUCAGCCCUCCUGCCAUGGACCUGAGAACCAUCAUGCAAAUUGAAGAAAAUAAACAAAAAUGUGGAGCUACACCAAAGACAAAUUUGGGCAAAAUGACUCCUCAUGGAGUGAAACUUUCUCAGAAGCAAAGAAAAAUGAUUGCAGUGACUACCAAAGAAAAUUACUUUGGAAUGAGUAGCAUGGAGAUGGCUUUAACCACUCCCUCAAACCCCCCCAAACCAGGGAAUGCAUGGACUUCUUCUCUACAGUCAGCUUCAUCCAAAUCAUUCCGGGAUUUCUUAGUAGAAGAGAAGAAGUCUGUUACUGACCAUAAUUCAGGAGAUCAUGUCAGAAAAGUUUGUUUUAGAGGGAUUGAAAAUUCCCAGAUGUUGAAAGUUGCAAGAUGUUCUUCUCAUGGUAUCCCAGGACCAGAGGGCCACCAUAUUUCAAACAUACCAGUUCCAGACAGUCCAAAUCCCUGGCUAUCUUCUUUGACUCCUCCAUCCAAUGUAGCCCCAGUGACUUUUGCAUCUAUUGUAGAAGAAGAAUUACAACAGGAAGCAGCUCUUAUCAGAAGUAGAGAAAAGCCUUUGGCUUUGAUUCAGAUUGAGGAGCAUGCAAUACAAGAUUUGUUGGUUUUCUAUCAGGCACUUGGAAACCCUGAAGAAUUUGUCAUUGUUGAAAGGACACCACAGGGACCACUGGCAGUACCUAUGUGGAACAAGCAUGGAUACUAGUAGUUCACUGUGGAGUUAAAAUGCACUUUUCAAAGAUUGUGAUAGUGAUAAUAUGUAGAAAAUAAUUUGGUAACAGAUCAUUCUAGAUAGCAUAAGAAAGAGCUCAUUUCUAUAUUGUGGUUCAAGCAUAUGUUUGUAUGAUUACAAAAUUCCUUAGAAUUGUGAUUUUUUUUUUUUAAAGGCAUCUUUUAUGAAAAACUAUGGAACUAUUCUGGGUUGAAUUUAAACAGAAUCAUUUCUUCAAACUAGUCUAAAGGAAAACAUGAGUGACUGAAGUGACUGAAUUUAAGAGUAACAAAUUAAGAGUAACUUUUCUAUUAAUUUAGAUUUUGCAAAUACUUGUCAUACUCUUAAAAAAUAUAUAGCAUUGGUGAAGGAAAGUAGGAAUGUCACUCAUUAAUUCUAAUCUACUAUCGGCCAAAAUUUGGGUUUUGCUACAGUAGUGAUGUUACCAUUUUGGUGUCUUUAUUAAUUAGGCUAUGAAUAUUGUAGGUCUUAUCUAAAUAUUGAACCACUUGAAUGCCAUAUUUGAUUAGGACAACUCAUGUUGCAUUCAGCUAUGCAGUGCAAUAGAAAGGAAGAAAUUCAGGCUAACAGUUACUUUACAAUACUUAAAGUCAUUGUGGAUUGUUUCAUGAUGGAGGAGGGGAGACCUACCUUAUAAAAAUCUAAUUGUGAGAGAACAAAUUUAUCAGCAUUACGAUUUUUUUUAAUAAUUGCUUAAUUAUCUACAUAAAUAUUAAAUAAUUUGGAAGAAAAUUGGUUUAUAGUUUUACCUUAUAUGAUUAGGAAUUUUUUGAGCCUGGGUUAUGAAUGAAUAGAAACAUAUUUCUUUGUAAUAGGAUGUUUGGUUUGCUUUUGAGUAUUAAAGGAAUCUAUUAAUACGUUAGCUUGGCAAAUUGGCAGGGUUAAUGUGUUAGCUUCUGGGAUAUAAAUUCAAGGGAAUGUAUAGGCAAUUCAGUUGAUGGAAAAAUGGUUGAAACUAACUCAGUAUUUCAGAUUUAGCUGUACCCCAAAGCAGCAAACUUGUAAGCAGAUGUGCAAUAAAAAUAAUUAUGAUCCAUUUCAAUGCUAAUGUGUGCUUAAACUAUAUUGUACCUGCUAUAGGGAGAUUCACUAAUUAUUCCUCCUGAUACACUAUAGCCAGUAUUUAAGAUGUUACUCUGCAUUUUUUAACUACGUAAAAAGAGCAAUUUCCGAAAAUAAGUCUGAAUUUUAUAUUAUGUGUCUGUGAAUAGAUUGAGAAGAAAUGAAUUUUAUAAUAUUUUAUUAAUGUUGCAUUAAAGAGGCCUUCUGAAAUG